AUGCCUGCCAACGCAACAGUCCUGUAUCCGGCCGAAUCGGACGCGACGUUCGACAUGGCGUACUACCUCAAAACACACAUGCCGCUGGUCUAUGAGAAAUGGGCCAAAUACGGCCUCACGGGCUGGGAAGUCAUCGAGUUCGCUCCAGGCCCCGACGGCUCCAAGCCAUACAGUGUCGCGGGAGUGCUGCAUUGGGAGUCGGCGGACAAUAUUGGCAAAGCGAUGGGAGGUGAAGAGACUGCCGCUGUGAUGGAGGAUGUCAAGAACUUCAGUAACAAGAGUCCGGUGUUCCUGAUUGGGAAUGUUGUUGGGACUUCGUGA